AUGUUUGAAGAUAUUGACGACGACCUAGAUCAAGAACUUAGUCACUUAACCUUAGGUAUGGUAGAUCUAUACGUGUAAAUAUGAUGGCCUGGAAGCUGUUUGAUCCGACUGUAAAUCGAUUCUCCUCGGGAACCCGCUGGAUAAACCUGGAUUUGUCCAUUGUCAGUGUAAGACCUAUUAAGAUCAAUAAAAGGAGGUUUUAUUGACUCCAAAAUACCCUAGCUAACAUAUUGAAUCGUGUGAAGCUGCUGGUAACACCAUACAGUCAAAUCCCGCUUACGGGUACUCGGUUGAUUAGGACGCGUCAUUAUUGCGAAUAGUUUGCUUUGUCCCUGGCCUGGGGAAAUAGAGCCCUUACAUUUUCUCUAACUUCGACCCCUUUAUACGGAGACCCAGUCGAUAACAUAAACUUUCUCGGUAUCCGUGUUAAUUGGGUUUGACUGUACACAGAAAAAAAUAAAUCAUUAAGAUCUCCCAACAAGAAAUGGAUCCGUAAACAAAAACAAACAACAAACAAAUUACUCCGUAUGUGGACCUAGCGCUUGCGUUAGAGCGGGGCUUGAACUUGCAAAUCCAAUUCCAUUGCUCUAACCAACCUCUUACCAAGGCCAGUUUGCGCUAUCCGAGUUACCAGAGGAGGCUUGGAACCGAGUGCGAGGCGUCCUCGGCGAAUUUUCCCGACAAGCUUGACAGGUGACGUCAUAUCCGAAAUCGCCGAGGACAACUGGGGACGAGGCUGGGUUCUAACCUCUCUGCGACGGUUCCUCCAAAUGUAGCACUUACGUCCUUCUGCACUUAGAGUUUGGUUAAUUGAAAGCUGCUAUAACAAAAUAUUUUAAGUUUACUCAUAUUUUAGGUCCAAAGAAAAUAGCGCAACUUGAUGUCCAAAACAAACCUAUCACUUUGGAAACAGCAAUGGUAGGUGCAAUCUUAUGGUCUUGACAUUUGCAUCUAACUAGCGAAAACUUCCAGUUAUUCUUUCUGUAUGUUAUUGAAUUCUUUUUCUUCUUGUAAUAUGUUGAACUUUACAUUGCCUAUGCGUAAUGUUUUGUCCCUCCUAGAUUAGCUUAACUAUUUGCGGGGUAUACAACACAGUAAAACUUUAUCUUUUUUAAUAACUGAAGUAUUGUCGUAUUAAUAUUGUUGUUGCUGUGCAUGAAAAAGGCCGUUAUAUCCUUUUUGUAAUUAUAUUUUGAAGACAAGGACUUUGUUAUAAUACGUUCCCCUUAGCCUAUUACAUGCUACGCCCUCCUAGUCAUUAUCGUCGCAAGCGACUCCCAAAAGAGAACGCCUGAUCACGCUGGCUCACUUGAUUUAGGCAAUAUCCUGAGUAUCCUGUCGCCUAUUUACUGAUGCAUGUGUUGAUCACAUUAGGGCUUGAAGAAUCUUAUAUUUGGAAAUGCCAAGUCGAGCUUUACACCAGAAUGGAGAAAUCAAAGCUUUUCAUUCUGUGACUUAUAUGGACUGGAAUACGGCCUUGUACAACUAAAGGUAAGGUCAAAUUAAUGCGAAUAUUUGGCCUGAAUCUCUCGGGUGAAAGGGAAAUUGUUUGAACUAUAGAGCGGUGACCGGUGGUCCAAGCUGCGACCGUUUUGGUUGCCAUGGUGAUUAAAAAACAAAAGUUGCCAUUAAAAGCCAAUUGGUUACACACCUGUUUUAGGCGGUAAUGCGGCCAAGCCGUUGUUUUUUCAAUAAGUAAGUUUUUAGUGAGAUCACAUUUGCGUGAAAUAGUUAUCAGUUACGCUCCUUGCGACCAUUAUAUGAUUUUAGGUUGCAAAAAGGCAACUCUGUAGCACUGACACUCUUCAGAUUUUAAAACAAAUGAAUAAAAUAAUUAAUUCAUUAAAGGAACCCUAGAGUGAUCUGCCUCAAAGUUCUCCUUGUAGUAUCUUUGCUUUAUAAAACAGAGUGAUUAGAUUGUAAUAUUAGGGGUUAUCGUUGUUGUUGUUGUUGUUUUUCAGGGUGGACCCUGUGGAGUGCUCGCUGCUGUACAGGCGUUUGUCCUCAAGCAUUUGCUGUUUGGCGGAAAGAAAGGGGACUCUAAAAAGUACAUUGUGUUUCAGAUACAAGAGUAUAUGAUGUUUACUCAUUUUUUUCUCUAGGAUAUCUUUAAAUACCAGGAAAAUGUCUAUUGGUUUGAUGAUUUAGUUUAAUUGUAAAUAAUCAUUUUCAGUAUUCGUCCCUUUUUCUUGCAAUAUUCUGUACCAUUGACGUCAUUUUAAAUGGACUGAGCGCAGCUGCCAAAGGCUCCUUUGUGUGCUGACGUCCGAGCUUACUGUUCACAUAAAAUAUAAAAUAUAUUAAAAUAUAUUAAAAUAUAUUGUAAGAGGGCACGUCUGUUGUCCUCUCAUCCACGACUCUUGAUUCAUUCGUUUGUUUUACCGGAUAUCGCAAGCAUCUUCCAAAGUUGGUCAACGCUAGCUGGUUAUGAAGAAUAUUAAGGUGUUUCGAUACAGUUUUUCAGAGGCCAUACCGAUAUUUUUCAAACGCCUUAUAAGUGGUUUUUCCUCGUCCGAUCGCUAUAAAAUUUUCACCUAUAAUUGCCUAUGGAUUGAAAUUUGUGAAAAUGUAGUUUUAAGUAAAAUCGAUAUUACUAUGACAACAAUAAACAAAAAACUUUGAAAUUGGUAGAAGCUGAAUUUUGUGUUAUCUAGACCAGCUACUGAAAAUCCAACACUAGGAACUUAAAGUUUGGUGUCUAGCAAACGAUCUCCGCAAGAAGUAAAAAAUUCUGUAUGUUUGAAUUCGACUAAAACGAAAAUAUAUUUCAAACCUACAUUUUCAAUAGCCGUGAUAGAUUAUUUAAUAAAAACGUUAUAAAUGAUUUAAAUUAUUCUGAAGUAGCGUCAGAAUGCUGCUUAACAUAGUAUUUUGAUGCUAGGAAAUUUUGGUGUAUUUUUGUUCGUGCGAUCUUGAAAACUUAGACGUUUUCUCACCACCUGUCUAAGUGCAACUUCAUUCAAAAUUUGGACUUUUCGCACUUUUUGUAUAUCUCUGAAACGACUCGAACGAAUUUUUUUAAAAUCUCCUCUCAUAAUCUUCAUAAUGUAUAUAAUAAUGUCUGAAACUUUCAUUAAGAUUGAUUCCCUGCAACACCUUGAAAUUUCAAGACAAACCUAUCCUACGAUAUCGGUCAAAAAUCUGCGUUACAACAGUCACUGUUUUGACGUUAUGGUAAUUUUUCCAAAGUAAUGCGCACUAUACAUACGUCCAUGACCAGUACAUUUUAGUUUGAAUUUAUCGCAUCUUUUGAAUGUAGAACACUGACUGGUAAUAGUCACACUGAAAUAUACUAGUCAUGGAUAUAUGUAUUGUCCGCAUUAAUUUACUUCUAACGGAGGUUAUUUGCUAAACAUGAAACUUUUUUUCCUACUGUUGGAUUUUCAGUAGCUGGCCUAGAUCGCGCAAAAUUAGGCGUUUAUCAAUUUCAAAGUUUUUUGUUUAUUGUUGUCAUAGUAAAAUCACUUUUAGAACGAUUGAAAAAUAUCAGUAUGGCCUCUGAGAAACUAUAUCGAAACACCUUAAAGCUGGGGGAUUUGAGCCAAUCAGAAACGGAGAAAUUAAAUGGCGAUAAUAAUUUUUUUUCCCAUUACCCUUGUCAUUUCCAUUCCUAGUAACAACUUCUGAGAAUAACUCAGCCAUGCCUUUUUUUUUCUGCUGCUCCUGUCCGGACGUGGCGAUUAUGGAAACUAGUUUUAUCUAAUCUUUUAAUAAUUCCUAUUUCAUGUCCAUUUUAGGAAACUUCAGCCUUCUUCCCGCGAAAGAACCAAAGCUCUUACAUCAGCUAUUAGUGAAAUAUUAUGGAGGGCUGGUGACAGCAGAGGUGCAGUAGUAGGCUUGUAAGUUCGAAUUUAGUUUAUGCAUUAUUUAAAAAACGAGCAGGAGUGUUUUGCCGGGUUUGAAACACGAGGCGCUGCCGUGAGUGAUGUGUCGUUUUCGAGUGAUUGUCAUCGGGUACUCCACUCUGCUCAAGGUGGCCUCAGCCGAGCCGCACGUUUGGACUGCCAGUGCCGGUAGUCUUCUGGGUCAGCCAUAAUAGGGACUUUAAGAUCCAACGACGCGGACGGCAACGCGAAAGGAGAAAAAUCAAUAGGUUUUAUGAGCAAACAACAACUUUGAACAAGCAGACGAAAUUUUAUCUCUUUCUGAACAUGGUUAUGGUCCCUAGGAAUUCAACUCCAGGAGGGUUCGCCUACAUUCGACAUAGUAAGAGGGUAAUGAUUGCGAUAAAGACUGAAAGAACGCAAAUUCACUUUAAACGACGUUCUGGUUGCCGUCGCGUCGUUGGAUCUUAAAGUCCCUAAUGGUAGCCUGCGUCGCAGACGUAAUCUUAUCGCAGUUAGUAACGUCUGCGAAGCAGCCCCGAGGUUCUUGUUCGACGCCCCAAACGGACUUAAUGAAUCAGUUAUCGGAAGGGCGUUUGGAUUUCCCUUCAACCCGAACAGGCCAAUCACGGCGUGUACUCAAUCCUGGUACACAGCAGGGGCCCAGAAGGCUCUGAAGUCCAACCAACAUUAGUUUGCGAGGCACUAUGGCAGAGAAAGUUGUUCUGCUAAGUAUGAUAUCUUGAACUAGGUAGCGACCUUUCACGAUUUGACUACGAAUACAAAUUUUCGAGUACCAGUGAAACUUUAGAAUUUCGAGCUACUUUUAUCCUCCGAAUUAUAACCCUUUCAUGUUGCUAACCAGAUCGGUGUUUAUAUAUUAUGUAAUUAUAUUUGACACACGAAGUUGGUUUGAAAAGUGGUACAUGUGCUUGUACUACAAUCUAAGGGUGCGGCCGUCCCUCAUAGGAAGAACGGCGACGGCAACGACAAACGCCAAAAGUAGAGCCUUUUGGUACGUUAUUUUACCGUUCUCUGUCUAAAGAUGCUUUUUACUGAAUGUGGCGAACUGUGGAGUGGGUGACCACAAGACGACGAAUGUUUCCUCCUUUUUUUGAUCGUCGAUGCGAUCAAAAGUUGUUUUCGCUGUCGUCGACGUUGUCAUUGCUUAAGCUUCUCGAAUCACAUCCCUUGAGACCAUCGUAAUAGAAAACAAAACCAAAAUAAAACAUCAAACGAAACAAAUCAAUAACAACAAGCAAGACAUGGCCUUUGGUUUUUCCUUUCAUGGGGUUGUUAGUUUUGCCCUUACAAUCUUUUCUUUUUUAAAAAAUAAAAAUCGUGCAACAUCUUUGCGGAUGGAGCAAUCACCAAAUCAAAAAACAAAAAAUAUUGAAAAGACACCUCAACUCUGUAGCUACAAUAAUUUCGACAACGCCCGAAGUUACAUCCCAUUUAGUUAAUUGUAACAAUUUAUUUCAGACCUACUGGUGAUUCUAAUGUUUUUGGUGCUGGGCGAUACAAACCGGACCAGUUAACAGAGGCGGUAAGUACUGCAAUUUCCCAUAAGAUCACCCGACGCCUGCCCCCUGAUAGAACGUUUUAAAGCAAGAUGGGACAUUUCACGUCAAAAUGGCUCGAUCGUGACAUUUUUACGGGAAAAUAGGGUGCCUGCACCGUAAACAGUGUUGCACUUGUAUUGAGAAGUCACUUUCCUCCUCGUCAAGGGUGACUUCGUAAUACAUGUUUUGCUUUACUGAAAGAGAUAAGUCUCCGCAAUGGUGUUCGCAUUAAACCUCUUUAACGAAUAUUGUUCAUGGUGGAUGUGAGAUUUGCAGGUAGACUGUUGUUACUGUAAUUGCUGCCAUAAUGCAGUAAUGGUAUUUUGUUCCUACACAUUUGCUCAGGGUAGAUUUUAGCUGUUCAAACCCGGGUUAAGAUGGCAAAAGGAACAAAGAGUGAAGUCUGAAUUCAGGUUUGAAAUCUAAGAAAAAUAGAAAAUUCAGUUAAAUUGUUUUUUUGUCUACACACUGAUGAUUGCAUACUCAAAAAAAAGAAUAGUAAAAAUAUUUCUGAGAAAAUGCUUUAUUAAAAAGAAAAAGAAACUCAGAUAAAAAUUUAACCCCGAGUUUGCUCUAAUCGGCCUUCGAACAACUGGGUCCUGCAAUGAAAGCGAUUACCUCUUUGUUAUUAAAUUUGACAAGACGUGUCCAACUGAUGUACGAACGCAGUUAAGAUUUCGCCGAACGUGGGCCAAUUUUAGUUGGACUUUGUUCGAUGACCAACUAUUAUUUGCAGCCCUGCACAAUUGAUAAAAAUGGGCCUUGUUUGUUUUCUUACAUCAAGAUGAGGCUAUUUUGCUGUUGUACUCUACUUGCAGUUUUGUAAUUGUGAGUUAAUCACAUCUGCUCACUCACUUUUUUUCUGUAAACCGCAGCUUGUGUUAUACACCUUCAAGUCUUCUGAAAGUCUUCUUAAAAACUUGCAAAACUUGCAAAACUUGCAAAACUUGCAGUUUUGUAAUUGUGAGUUAAUCACAUCUGCUCACUCACUUUUUUUCUGUAAACCACAAGUCUUCUGAAAGUCUUCUUAGUUUUAUCGCGCCAAAUAUAUCGCAGGUACGUAGAAUUCUUACUAGGUUACUCUAUCCUUACCUGUUGUAUGUUUGCACAAUUAACAAUUAUUGAAUGAGUCUGGAUAAGGUAGUUUUUAUUUCUCCUUUUCACGAGGUACCUUUGCUUACCUUUUAACCAUUGUAUCUGUUUUAUGAUGUUUUUUAAAAAGGAUUAUUUUAUUAAGCGUAAAUCAUUGGUGAAACGAUUACUGAAGUCGGUUUACUUAACAGCAAAAGUGAUACUUGAUCUGCCCACCAAUGACAUAUCGCGAUAUUCCCAAGUGCUUGACCUUGUCCGAUAAAUGCUUAUUGCCUGGAAACAAGGGCCGAAAGUUAGCGGUCAGUAAUAUGCCCCUUCGUUCUCAAUGGAGCAAAUCAGAACCGCCUCAAUGAAGAGGAGAAGUCGUUACGUCACGUUGCCAUGGUAGCAAAAUGUCUGGAUCUGAACAAACCGUGGCCCAUGGCACAAAAAAAAAAAAAAAAAAAAAAAAACGAUAAAGUUAACAUGAAUUCCUUUCCUGUGCAUGAUCGCACUCAGGAACAAAACAGUAGCCCAUACUUUUCUUCCAUCGUUCGACAAUGCAAAUGGCCGUCCUUGUCAAGAAAGAUUGUUAAGAUCCAGAUCAUGAUUUUGCCACCAUGGUAACGUGACGUCACACUUCUCCUUUCUCCAGAGGAGUUUGCUUGCUGCUUGUGGUUCACUUACACUAACAUUGCCAACGUGACAUCACGGAAGGUCCUCAUUAGGCUUUUUCAAUCCAGUUAUUCCGACUGUAAUCCUAAAAAUGCCUUUCAAUGGACAGAUUUGCUCUUGGACUGAAUACAGCCUUUGUUUACAGUCGACCGAAUGACAAAACGUCGAUAUCGUAAGUCUAAAUGAAAGGUGUUUAGAGCGCGUCUCCAAAUUAAGUGAUGUAUCGUUUUUCAGUGCAUCUGGUUUGCCGAAUUUCCGUUGUCCAAUUCCCGUAUCACUUUUAUAAUUUCACCCUGGAUCUUCAUUUCGUUUCCCUCUAAAAUCCCGGAUCCCAGCCGUCAAAUAAGCUAAAUCCUGGAUCCCGAAAAGCCUACUAAGGACCCAUCCCGAGGGGGACUCCCAUAUGAAAGGGGCGGGGAUACUCGCCGGGAAUUUUGAAUUACACCCCCUAAAGGAGACCAACCUGGGCGUGGCCCAACCUUAUUUUGACCCCUAAAAGAGACCAUUCUUAAAACAGAGACAUUUUGUUACAAUAAUCUUUAGGUACUGAUGUUAUACUGAGAACUUUGAUUACAUGAAUUGCAUAAAUAAAACGAAUUGAAAAUAUAUAACUUUGUUUAUAUUUCUUCGCGUGCAACCCUAAAAGAGACCAUUACGGCUAAAUGUAAUGUCGUUUUGCCCAGAACAUCCGAAGGGAGACAAAAAUCCGAAAUUUGUACCCCUAAGCGAGACGACAAGAGCCCCGCCCCUUUUUAUAUGGGAGUCUCCUGGGGGAUCCUCUAGUUCUUCUUCAACGUCCUGCGCUUGCCGGUCUAAAAUUACAAUGGUUUACUAGAAAUUUUAUCACAGGCAUAUUAACAGCUUAUACUAUUAGAGCCAAACGUAAUCCUGAAUUAUGUACUUUCCGUAUUACUGCAUCUCAUCUAGAAAUAAGUCCACUUUUUUUUUCCAUUUUCAGUUUGAAUCUGAUAGUAGCAGUGGAUGUAUUUUACUGUUGUAUUCUGUGAUAUUGUCCAGGUCAAUACGAAAGUAAGUGAAGCUCUAGUAAAUGAUAUUUAAUCCUUUAAGCCCUAAUACCUACAUACAAAUUCUUCAAACUAAUACUAGAUAUUUCCUCAAAGCAUUUUCCUUUCAAUGAUCAUUUCUUUAAUUUAAGUUUACGGCAAAUAGUUGACGAGGGGCAAAGAAGUACCAAUACCAGUAGAAAUCGAGAGUAAGCCUUUGUGUUAUAAUUUCGAGAAAAAUAAUCUGCUAGUAUUAUAUUGCAAAUUUAAUGUAAGGGAGCUUCUGGUGAUUUUGAUCAAGUAUUUAGUGGUCUUAAACUUUUCUUGUUGUUCUUGUUUAAGAGUGAUAUCUGAUAUGGAUGAACCUCAAGGCAGGCUGAUGGGUGCUCACGACUAUUGCACGCAGGUUAGAUUUUCAAUGCAGUACAUGUAUACCACAGUCUUUUUCAUUUACGGGUAUGGAUAAAUCUGACGACGACAAUGACUACGAGGAUGAUGAUGAUGAUGAUGAUGAUUCCCCCUACUUUAAUCUUAAAUGGAAUGGAUAGUCUUUGUAGGUUAUGCCUUCGCGCUCCUAUUUAUUUUAAUAGAGUGUGCAAUAUAACACCAUUCUGAGCGCAGUUUUCCCAGGUGCGGUUUUAAAGUGUUCCCUUAGUCCUUUGUAUCCUCCAAGUGUUUUGUUACUUUGUUUGUUUGUGUCCGUCUUUCUCUCGUUGUUUCUUAAUAGCUGAAAUUCCGUUGUUGUUGUUGUUUUUUGUUUUGUUUUUUCAUUAUUUGCAGCAAAAGUCUCCUUCUUAUUACAUGUAUUGUCCUUUACAGGAACUGGUGAACUUGUUAAUAACUGGAAAGGCUGUCUCAAACACAUUCGAUAACAUCAUGGAGGUUGAUACGGGGUGGUCGAAAAAGGUGUGGUAUUUAAGACGAUAUCAUGAAAGAUAUUUUUCGUGGUGGUUAAUGUGUUUAAAGGGUUUCGUUAUCGUUUGCCUCACGAUUGUCACUAUUAAUCGCGACUUUUCGGCCGCGUACUGCUGGUCCUCGUCAGGUGAUAGUGUCGAUUUCCUGAGUGAGACUGUUUGUACCCCCGUGGUUGUUAAUGAUUGGUGUACAGUCGACCCCCGCUUUACGGACACCCCGGUAAUACGGACACUUUCUACGCCCCCUCAGUGUCCCUUUUCACGGAGUUUGACCGUAUUACGAACCGUAGACGAUUUUCAUAUGUGACAGUUUUACUUUUCCUGGGAAAAAAAAGCCCUUUACUGUUUCUCUUAAUUCGACCCGCUUAAUACGAACACCCCGUUAAUACGGACACUUUCUAUGGCCCCUCAGAGUCCGUAUAUACGGGACUUGACUGUUUCACGAGCCUAUUAAAGACGAUUUUCAUUAAUAUAUAAAGAAGAGUUACAACGAUAGAAUGUGAUAAAACCCACUAUCUCGAGAAUAUUUGAAGGAAUUUCCUUAUUAUAUUCGACUGUUGAUGCCUUUUUGUUUUAGCUUCGUCCCUCGAUGCUGUUUAGCAAGGUUUUGUUUUAGACAUUCUGUUUAAUCUUUCGACUUAAUCGUUUUUAGUUAGGUGAUAACAUUCAACGAUCUUUUUUUUUUUUUUUUUUGCAGAAUGUCUUCAAAGGGAUAAAUAAACAAAGUGACGUUGGGUUUCUGUCCUUAUUUGAACAUUACAAAUCAUGCGAGGUUGGUGAUGACUAGAGAUAUUUUUCUGUAGAGAGGAACGGGGGAGUGUAAUGAAGGGGCCGGGAGGUGCCUACACACUGUCACCGUCUUUAAGGAGCUUAAGCAGCGACGUUUUUGAACGACGUAUGUCAAUCGAAAGUGAACCUUUUCUUUUUUAGUAUUCCUUGACGCUACCAAAUUUGUAUUGCUAGAUGAUUUGCCCAAAAGUGUGUUCAAAAUCACGGCUCAGGAGUGCAAAAAGUCCACUUCCGGUUGACGUACGUCCCUCAAAAACGUCGCUGGUCAAAAAUCCUUUUAUCUUUCUACACACCUUCAAGGCUGCUUCCUCUUCCUCCUUUGUACCAAGGUUAAGAGAGUUUUAAUGGAACAGAACUUGUUGUUCUUUUUUAAUACAUCGAGGCAAAUCUUAGGGCCGAGCUCCCGUCCAUUAUAGUCCGGCAGCGUUAAAAAUGAACAGACUGUUAGAUUUCAUGUUUAAGUAUUCCAAUAGGUAAUGACUUGGCAGUCCCUUUGUUUUUGCGUUUGAUUACACGUGGCUUAUGUCCACUCUAAGAAACCCUGCCACUAAAACUUGUAAUGUAGAGCUUUUUGUAUUGGCAAAUCCAGCAGAUAUUGGCCAAAAAUUUUCUGUCUUCGUGAACUUUUGACGUCUUUGUUUGAUUUGUUACUAAGUUUUUUCGCGUAUGCGAUGUCCAUUUGAGAAGUUGAAAGUUCAUUUUCUGGGAGAACCUGUGGCUCGUCCCCCCGUUCCCCCGCCCCCUCCAGCAGCGCACUCCCAGACAAAGCGUUAUAGUUAUAAGCCGUGGAAACGAUAUAGUUUUCGAGGUCCUCAUUCCUUUUGCUAGUUUCAAUUGGGACGUACGUGGUCUCUGCUGUACAUUGUCUUCAAUGAUUAAACUUGCUUUUUAAAUAAUCGUCUGGGGGGUGGUCUCUAUAUAUGUUUAGACGAUCGUAUGGAAAUAUACCCGUGAUGCGAUGUAGAAUUAUCCAAACAAUUGUGGCGAUCCAAUCGCGAGCAUUCAAUCCUCUGGACAGAACCAACCUCUGUAGAUAGGCCGGCUCAUAUAUUUUGAAUUGCAACUUCCUAAGUAGAAAAUAGAGGCGAGUAAAACAAUCCAGAUUAUUAUAAGGAAAUCAGGCUUAAGGUUUAACUGGAAGGUGCAAAGGACCAGUUGUGCUAGCCUGCAAAACAGGCGCUACACGUUUUUCAGACAAGCGCGAAGCGGGCGUCCCGCUUUUCCCCGCCGCGCUUGUUUCUCCGAUCGCCUCCACGCCUUCUUGGUGCUUGUCCGAAAAACGCGAAAAAAAAAGGGCCCGUUCUCCAUGCUACAGUUGUACUGACAGAAGAAACAAAAAGCAAACUGCGGUGAUAAACAUAAAGAAAGAUAAACGCAUUUAUGUUUAUCACAGCAAUUUGUUUUCUGUUUCUUCUUCAGCUUAGAUGGCCAAAAAACAAGCGUAUCUACAAUGUACUGACAGACUUCAUCUUUUCAUUUGUUACAGGUUGGUGUGAAUUACAAGACUCCCAAUUAUCCUAUUUGGGUAAUAUGCAGCGAGAGUCACUUCAGUGUCUUGUUUUCUAUCGACAGAAAUCUCUUGCACGACUGGUAAGCUUAUAGUCACUAGUAAAUGGAUGUAUUCACACUAGAGACGGAUUAUCCGUCUCAGACGGGUUAUCCGUUAGAUAAUACGUCUUAAUUUGAAUAUGGAACGGAUUUUGGAUGGAUAAUCUGCCUGACUUUAUCCAUUUGUAUUUCCGUCAAUUUUGACGGAUUUUGAUGGAUUAUCCGUCUCAAACGGAUAAUCCAUCUCUAGUGUGAAAACGGCCAUUGAUACUAGCCAAUUUACGGCAUUUGAACUUAUCUUUAGCCUGUUUUUAUUCUUUCUAAAUACUUGUAUUCUUUGAUGUUUUCACUAAAGGCCUGUUAUGUGGUAAUGAGGAGACUAAUUCCUUCAGUUUGAUUAAAAACACUGAUGUCAUAAAAGAGAUGCUACGUUCUGGUCACUUGUAGUGCUUUGCCGAAGGGUUAGAAAAUAGUUUCUAUCAGCGAUCAGUUUACAAGCAAAUAAUGUUGGUCAGACACCAACUGUAUGAAGGAGUGGGAAACUGUCCACCUACCCCUCCCCUAAGCCAACAUUAACACUUACUUCUCACCUAGGGCAAAAUGUUGGCUUAGGGGAGGGGUAGGUAGGCAGUCUCCCAGAAACGUAUAAUGAUCGGAUCAAAGCGUGCAAACUCAGAGGCAACGUUUUGGUAUUGAGGUUUCUGGAUUACUGACCACCUACCCCUCCCCUAAGUCGACGUUAACUUUUAUUUCUCAGUAAGAGCAAAAUUGUUACAUAGGGAAGGGGUAAGUGGUCCAAGCUUUGGGCACCAGAGUACUCUUGUUAGACGCUUAUACUAAGCUUAGCAAGCCAUGGUGCCCACACGACCGAGGCUUCUCCCAGUCUCUUUAGUAUGAGAAACCUGGGUGUAAUGCUUUCUUCCCCCGCCAUCUCCCCCGCUAGGAAAGGAAAUGUCUGCAUCUAGGCUAUCGCAGGGUUACCGCUAGCAGUAUGUCGCCGGGUUCCGUUAAUACACCCGAGUGAGGAGAGACAACGUUAAGGAAUAAACGCGAUGGCAGGGCUUGAACCCCGAACUACGGAUCCGAAGCCAGAGGUCCUUGCUGGCCGGAAGUCCUAGUCAUAAUGGUCGAAACACUCGCGGAUUUCUUCGCCCCUUCCGCUUCAAUGUUUAUACAAAAAAGUCCAAGCAAUCUCUUAAAACCAACACUGGGAGAAGGAGACCUCAAGGGAAUCGGAGCUUGUAUUCGUGGAAUGACUUGGUUUAUCUUGUUUUUUCAUUGUGACGAUAAUUUCAAGUGAUAGUGAUUGCAGGAUUAGAUGUGUGUAUAUUGUCCCAUCUAACUGCAAUAUGGGAGUCGACGUAGGCUCUAGCCAUUGAUUGUUUGUUUGAUUGAUUGAUUGAUUGAUUGAUCGAUCUAUUAAUUGAUUGAUAUACACAGGAGGUUAGAGAAGAAGUUUGAUCUUUAUUACUAUGAUGGUCUGGCAAGGCAGGAUGAGGAGUUAAGAUUGACAGUUGGUGAGCAUGCAUUACUUCGUGUAAAAUGUCAGUGUAACUUAUAUGGCCUUGCUUGGGUAGAUAGCUGUUACAGGCUAGAUAAUGGCCUGGAAAAAAGAUACUUCAAGGUCAUGAAAAAGUCAGGGAAGUUCUUUUGAGUCAGGAAAAAUUAAAAUUAUUAAGAAAAAACUAGCUGAACAUUGUAAUUAUAAAACCACUGGUUAAAUACCAUUAAUAAUUAUGGAAAAACGCAUUUCGGGUUAAUAUAAUCUCAGAGAUGUCUUUUGUUGAUGUAAUUACGAUAGCGUCCCUGUAAUAUGGAUGACAUCAUCUCAUUUCAAUUGAAGCCUCCUUUUUCAUGAAAUAAAGAUAGAAAAGCGUUUUGCAAAUAAAAACAAGAAGAAAAAAAGAAAAGAAAAAAAAUCAACACGAUGAAAGCGUUUUACAAAACGUACGUUUUAGGUGCCUGAAAACGCCGUUUAAUUGUGGACGGCAGAAGACUUAAAACGGACGAAAAAAUGGUUUCAAAAAUAUUCGGAUACGUGUGGACGUAGCCUUUAAGUAAUUUCAUCUUUCUCUUGAUAAAGAUACAACAAAAGAAUGCCCAGAAUACAAGGACACUGAUCUUGUGCCUCCACUGGAACACUGCAUACGAACAAGGUGAGACCAAGUGACAGAGUUCAUUGUCAGAAAAGUGGCCCUUUCAGGGCUUUGAAUUUGGCUGCUUGGCACAGAAAUACUGUGCUUGGAGGAAAGAAACCUAAUAAAAUAAUAUAAGGUCCGUUUUUCUUGUCGUCCUGGUACGUUUCUUGCUCUCUAUUAAAUCGUUUUUGUACCCCGUCAUCAAGGCUCAUUUUCAACCAUCAGGCAAUGUGUCUAGUCAUUCAGAUUAAACCUCGUCAGCCCUACACUGUACUUUCACAUGUUUCUAUAUCUUGAGUGUGUAGUUCUAACUUUAGAGUUUGUGCAUGAAAUCCUCGCUAUGGUGUUACCAUUCAAAUGAAACCUCUUUAGCCAUACUUUCAGAUGUUUCUUUUAAUUUAGUAUGUUGCUGUUACGUUGGAGUCUGUGGACGAAAUUCUGCGAGGUGAUCAUUCAAAAGAAACCUUUUAAGCAGUACUUUCAUGUCGUGAUGGUAUUGUUUUUGCUUAGUUUGGUGCUUAGUUUGUCGGCCAAUUUUUAAGGUGUUACUAUCCAAAAACCUAUUGCUUGCUCGUUAAAGGGGUAUUUGGAAUCUCUUUGAUGACGAAAAGUUUAGUCGUUUUAGGAUUUCUUCUUCUGACGCAGAAACAGGCGUGUUUGAUGUAUUUGUUGACGUGUCGGGCUGAAUAAAAGCUAGAAAUAUUUUAUGCACCCAGUCAAAAGGUAUUUUUUAACUGAGCGGAUUCUCGCUCGCAGAUUGGUUGAGAGCUUUGUUCGAACAGAGUGCAGACCAUGGAAAUAACGUCAUGAUGGCGCAAUUUGUUUUUCUCUUUCUCUCGCGCGCGAUUUUCCGAGAAACGUCAACGUGAAUGGACACCAAAAACUGGCAAUGCUAUUGUAAGAAACAAAUCGACAACAGUUUUUUAUGGUCUGUACUCUUUUCGACGAUAGAAAUGACGUCAAAAUGUUCAAAACUUUGCAAUGAAACCGCGGCUCCUGGUUCCACUUGCGUUUUAAACAUUGUGACGUCAUUUCCAGGGUAGAUAAGAUUACAGUCCAUGGAUUGUUAAAACCAGCUUGUAACAUGACGCAGAAUGCAGUAAUUGGCAUACGAUAAUUCAGCGUCCUUGUCCUAAGAUAGUGGUAAACUAUUAAACCCUUGUGUAUUUUUUUUUUACUGAUCGCACAGGUGGAAGAAUGCUGUCAUAGACUGGAAUGGAUCCGAACCUAUCUUAUGA